AGAGUCAGUAAUGAGACACUUGCGCGAUUUGUGGAAUAAGUGGCGUGGUGACAUGCACAGGAAAUAUGUGAAAGAAAAUUCAUUGCAAGUUGCACUUAGAAAUAAACCUACAGAAGAUGAAAUUGUUCAAGUCAAACAAGCAAACCCUUCACUUUCUGACAUUGAGAUAGUUGAGAAAAUCUGGGGGAAGCAAUCUCAUGGUCACAUCACUGUAUUUGGUGGCGGGACUACUUUGAAAGAUUUGAGAGGACCGCUCCCUAGUCGAUCUGAUCUAGAAGCACGAGUUAUAGAAGAAAAGAGAAAGAACCGGAUGCUUCAACAACGCUUAGAUGAGCAGGAGCAACAACAACAAAGGAUGUCUGAGUUGGAGUCACAAGUGAAAGCUAUGCAAGAACUUUUUUUUAGGCAAUCACCUUCAUUGACUCCUCAAACUCGAGAACGUGUGCAGGACUAGGCUAUCCAUGCAAGAUUAGGAGGGGGUAGCUCGAGUCUUCUUUUGACGAUGAUUAGAG